GUUAAAUUAUAGAUGGUGUUCCUCUUCUAUCAUCAUUUUGGUAAACCCUACCUUAACAUAUUCAACACUACCAUUCCCAACAUUCUGAACCAAACCACCGAGGUAAGGUAACACUUCGUUUCAUACUCCACCAAUGGCGCAAACCAUGUUGCUCAUGUCCAGUGUCUCUAGCAGCCACUCCCUGGGUUUGAAGAAGGAUCUUUUCCUCCAAUUGAGGCCUAAAUUCUCUCAACUCUCCUUCAACCCUCUUCCAUCUUCAACUCCUUUCCCUUCUUCACCUCGUACAUUCACAACUCUCGCCCUCUUCAAAUCAAAGACCAAGGCCCCUCCUGCCAAGACCAAGGUUGUAAAGCCAAAGCAAAAGGUUGAAGAUGGUAUCUUUGGUACUUCUGGAGGGUUUGGUUUUACUAAGCAGAACGAGCUCUUUGUGGGUCGUGUUGCCAUGCUUGGUUUUGCGGCAUCAUUGUUGGGUGAAGGAGUAACUGGGAAAGGGAUUCUUGCACAAUUGAAUCUGGAAACUGGAAUUCCCAUUUAUGAAGCAGAGCCACUUCUUCUGUUUUUCAUCCUUUUCACGCUGCUGGGAGCUAUCGGAGGUUUAGGUGACCGUGGGAAAUUUGUUGACGAUGAGGAACCCAACACCGGAGGUGUUAUUCCCGGAGGCAAAGGCUUCAGAGAAGCACUUGGUCUCGGUUCAGGUCCUUUGUUUGGAUUCACGAAAGCUAACGAGCUAUUUGUGGGAAGAUUGGCUCAAUUGGGAUUCGUUUUCUCUCUGAUUGGAGAAAUUGUUACUGGGAAGGGAGCACUCGCCCAGCUCAACAUUGAGACCGGUGUACCGAUCAACGAAAUCGAACCCCUUGUCUUGUUCAACGUUCUUUUCUUCUUCGUUGCAGCUUUGAAUCCUGGAACUGGCAAAUUCGUUACAGAUGAGGGGGAUGAUGAAUAGAGAAUAGCUCUUUUUCUUUCUUUAUCUCUGUUUAAACAAUACUUCCUUCCUUAUCUAUCAUCAAUGCAUUCAGUUCACAACAACAACAAAAAAAAAAUCAUCACACUUUUCUGAUCUGUUUUACCCUA